GAGUGGGAGAGGGACAGAGUGGUAGGAGAACCGAAUAAGGAGAGACAGAGAGCGAAAUAGGUGCGAAAAAUUUGUAGUUUGCUGGAAAUUCCUUGAUUUCGAUUUGCGAAGUGGUAAAUAUUAGCCACCCAACAAAAGCCCCGAUAGAUGUACGUGCACCGCGAGCAGCAUACACCUAACACCAGCUUCUGAAGCACUCCAGUCCAGAGAUAUCGCCCACAGCCACACUGCAGCAUAUCCGCGGACGACAUGUUGACGCACAAAACUUGUCAAGCACGUAAGAAAAUGCAGGUUUCCUUUGUGAUACGGGACGCCGAGGAGAAACAACACAGGAAUGGCGUCAAUGCGUUGCAGCUGGAUGCCAAUAACGGCAAAUUGUACUCUGCAGGACGCGACGCCAUCAUCCGGGUGUGGAACACACGUACGGACUCCAGCGAGAAGUAUAUACAGUCGAUGGAGCACCACAACGACUGGGUCAACGAUAUAGUGCUCUGUUGUAAUGGGAGAAACCUUAUUAGCGCCAGUUGUGAUACCACCGUCAAGGUGUGGAACGCACAGAAGGGUUUCUGCAUGUCAACUCUGCGUACUCAUCGCGACUAUGUCCAGGCACUGGCCUACGCCAAGGAUCGCGAGCAGGUGGCCAGCGCCGGCCUCGACAAGGCCAUCUUCCUGUGGGACGUGAACACACUCACCGCUUUGACGGCCAGCAACAACACAGUGACCACCUCUAGUCUGACCGGGUCCAAGGAUUCCAUAUACAGUCUGGCCAUGAAUCCCUCGGGUACCGUAAUCGUGAGUGGUUCCACGGAAAAUAUCUUGCGUAUCUGGGAUCCCCGUACCUGCAUGCGCAGCAUGAAGCUGCGUGGCCACACGGAGAACGUCCGCUGCCUGGUGGUCUCGCCCGAUGGCAAUCAGGUGGUGUCCGGAAGCUCCGACGGCACCAUCAAGGUGUGGAACCUGGGCCAGCAACGAUGUGUUCAAACCAUCCACGUUCACAAAGAGGGCGUGUGGUCACUGCUGAUGAGCGAAAACUUCCAGUACAUAAUAUCCGGCAGCCGGGAUCGCAACAUAAUAGUGACUGAGCUGCGAAAUCCUAGCAACAAAACACUGGUCUGCGAGGAACAAGCGCCCGUACUCAGUCUUGGCUAUAAUAUUGACAAGACUGGGGUGUGGGCCACCACAUGGAACUCAGACAUUCGUUGCUGGAAACUGCCCAUGUACGACAGAUGCACGAUGAACUCCUCGGGCGGCAUGGACGCACAGUGGACACAGGGCGGCACCGAGGUGGCCUGCAUAAAAGGAGGAGCUGCCAUAAAAGAGUGCACGGUACUGAACGAUAAGCGUUAUAUAAUAACCAAGGAUUCCCAGGAUCAAGUUGUCGUCUACGAUGUACUGAGAGUGGUCAAAAAAGAGCAAUUAGGAGCCGUCGACUAUGAGGCGGAGGUCAAAAAGCGCAACAAGCAGGUUUACAUUCCAAACUGGUUCACUGUUGAUUUGAAAACCGGGAUGCCAACAAUUGUCUUGGGCCAAGAAGAAGUUGACUGCUUCUCGGCUUGGGUGUCUAUUGAAGCCGGACUUCCGGAAUGCGUCGAUCCUACAACAGAAAUUAAGAUCAACUAUGGCAAACUGCUGUUGGAGGCCCUGCUCGAAUACUGGACACCACCGCAUAGCAUACCACCAAACGAAAUGGAACCCGACAUGCACGGCAAUGGAUACUUCCAAGUGCCGAAACACACGCCCGUCAUUUUCAGUGAAGUGGGCGGCCGCACUGUUUGCCGACUUUUAGUGCGCGAUGCAGCCGGCGAUAGCGAGAGCACCCUGCUCCACGAGACAGCGCCACAGUGGGUUACCGAUGUGGUGAUCGAGAAGAACAUUCCCAAGUUCCUCAAAAUACCGUUCUUCCUUCAGCCCCAUCCGCAAAUGACCAAGCCAGAGCGUACGAAGAAGGAUCGACUAGUGGCUAAUGAAUUUAUUCAAUGCCGCAAGGUUUGCGAGCAUGUUUUGGAGAAGGUACUCAACGCGGAGACUACGCCAAGUGGAGGCAAUGCGAACAAUUCCCUGCAGAAUAGCCAAAGCGAUGCAAACUCGGAGGGAUCCCAACUGCCGGCUGAGGAACGGAUUGAGCUGUGGUGCAAUGAUAGGGUGGUGGACCCGAACAUGGACCUCCGCACUGUACGCCACUUUAUAUGGAAGCAGUCUACCGAUCUUACAUUUCAGUACAAGAACAAGCAGAAUUUCAACUACGACGGUUCGAUCGGGGAUAGUCUGGAGCGCGUGGCGCGCAAGUAUUGAACACUGGUAUGUGAUCUCCCGCCUAACCGCAGCAGUACCGAUGCAUUAUUGAAUGAGAACGAGAUUCAGCAGAUCGAUUAACCAUUUUGUAUGUAUUUAUGCAAUGUAUUUGCGUUCGUCUUCGUAACGUGGACAAAAACAUUCAAGGAGAAUCUGUUCGAACAUUUUCUUUACAUUUAAAAGUGCACCCAAGUGCUUCUGUUUGUUUAUUUCUCGUUAGGAUUUCAUAAAUGUACUUCAGAUUCAGACUUAUAAGAAUUAAGCUUGCGACACACACGUAGAUAAACAUUGCAAGGGAGUAACUACAGACAUACCAUUUAAACGUAUUUGCAUCUGAAGCAUCUAGACCUAGAGGAUUGCGCAUAUAUGUAUGUAAUAUUCACAAUUGUUUCACAUUAGGGUUAUACAUAAUUAUUAUAUACAUAGGUUAUAAGUAUAAGUAAUCUGUUAAAGAUAAAAAAACAAUGCAAAGGCAGUAGUUCAACCUGUAAAACGCUCUAUGCAAGCCAAUUUGUACAUAAGUAACAAGCGAAAAACGAAAACCAGGAUGAAAAAUCAAUUAAAGUUAUUAAAUUAUUUGGAAAUCAA